AUGGAAUUUCAAGUUAAUAGUUCAGCAGAUCUGACGUCAAGUCAGUUUAGUAUACCUUCAAUCUUACAAUGUGCAAUGAUUUGUUCAUCUGAGAUUAAAUGUCAAACAUUUGAUUAUGACGCUGCUUCUUUCCUAUGCCGCAUCUUUGCUGUUUGGGCUACUGAAGGUCUAUUUAUUUCAUCGACAUUAUCGAUGUCUCGUAUUGGUUAUGUCAAACAAGUGGCUAAUCUCUAUUCUUUGUACGGACAAAUUUGCGUUAUGUCCCACGAUAUUCAUCGUUAUUUGCUAUGUUCAAAUAAUAGUCACUGGUCAUGUCGAUCAGGACAAUUUUACAAUGGAACGAUCUGUCAAAAUGAGUAUAAUAUUUCUUCGAGCAAUCAAUCACAAUGUGCACAGAAUCAAUCCCUAUAUUGGAAUGGAACACAUUGUGUAUCAAGUAAGAACGUUAGAAUCACUCUGGAGGGUUUUGACCUCGUGUACAUUGAAACUAAUAGCACUGAAAAUAUAUGUGAGCAAUGA